AAAGAAAUACAACAACGUCGCCACUGACAUUUAAACACGUAAAAUUUAAUAUAUCUCUCACUCAUUAUUUUAAUUACUUUAUCAUAAUAUCAUAGGAAGAAUUCAUGCGAUGGGUAUAGGGCUUUAUUUAAUCGUGGCAGGGACGUUAAUCACCGGUGCUGCUAAUUCGUUAUUCACCAAAUAUCAAGAUAACCAAUGUGUUCGGAAUUGUGAUAAUCCUGAUUUCUCAACGCAUAAAAACUUUGAACAACCGGCCAUUCAAACAUUACAAAUGUUUGUAGGUGAGUUGAGUAUGUUUCUUGUUUAUUAUUUGGUUUAUAAGUUGGGUCAGAAUAGGAAAAGACAGGAUUAUGUUAGAUUGAAUGACGAAGACGAAGAAGAGGAAGUUAAGGAGAUUUCCAUAUUUCUGAAUUUGAAAUUGGCUAUUCCUGCUAUUUGUGAUUUAUGUGGUACUACUUUACUUAACAUUGGGUUGGUAUAUACUCCAGUGUCUAUAUAUCAAAUGACAAGAGGCUCGAUUGUUUUGUUUGUGGCCAUUCUUUCCGUGGUUUUCUUGAAGAGAAGGAUUUCCAAAUUGGAAUGGAUUAGUUUGUUAUUUGUCACUCUUGGAGUUGGUCUUGUUGGAUUGAGUGGAUCGAGAACCUCUCCUUCGACAGACACAGCAACCUCGAGUUUGAUUGUAUUUGGGAUCUUUUUAAUUGUCCUUGCGGAAAUGCUUCAAGCUUUCCAGUUUGUGGCGGAAGAACAUAUCUUGGAAAAACACAAGAUUAUACCAUUGCAAUUGGUUUACAUUGAAGGGUUUUACGGAUUUUCAAUCUUGUUGGCAGUCAUGGUUGUGCUUAACUUUAUAAUUGGAGCAAUUCAACCAAAACAACAAUUUGAAUCGUCGCCAUUCAAUAUGGUAGAAGCAUUUUCCCAAGUAUUUUUCAACCGGGCCGUAUUAUUAUCUUCCAUUUGCAUCAUGAUUUCUAUUGCUGCGUUCAAUUAUUGUGGAUUGUCAAUUACUCAUAGAAUUUCUGCAACUGCAAGAUCAACUGUGGAUACAUGCAGAACUUUACUUGUUUGGAUCGUGGCUAUCAGCAUGGGAUGGGAAUCAUUUCAAUGGUUGCAAUUCACAGGAUUUGCGGUAUUGGUAUUUGGAACUUUAUGUUUCAAUGGGGUUUUAAAGCCCGAAGAGUGGAGCUUUGUCCCACAAGUUUUAAAAUCCGAUUUCAAUCCUAAUGAACGAUUAAUCAACGUUGUUGACGAAAUUGAUGAACCUAUUGAAAGGUUAUAGGGUAACACCAGUGGUCGUGCGAAAACGCACAAAAUUUUUAAAGUCAAAGAAAAAUGCGAGUUUUGUUUGCCACUUUUCAGGAAAGGCGAAUCUGUAGUAGUUACAUUUAGUUAGAGAGUCGACUAAUAAAAACACAUAUAUUAG